AUGUUGCCUAUUCCCUACACCCCACAGCCCUACACCACACAGCCCUACACCACACAGCCCCUCUCCCCACAGCCCUACACCACACAGCCCCGCUCCCCACAGCCCUACACCACACAGCCCCGCUCCCCACAGCCCUACACCACACAACCCCGCUCCCCACAGCCCUACACCACACAGCCCCGCUCCCCACAGCCCUACACCACACAGCCCCUCUCCCCACAGCCCUACACCACACAGCCCUACACCACACAGCCCUACACCACACAGCCCCUCUCCCCACAGCCCUACACCACACAGCCCCACUCCCCACAGCCCUACACCCACAGCCCUACACCACACAGCCCUACACCCCACAGCCCUACACCACACAGCCCCGCACAGCACAGCCCUACACCACACAGCCCCUCUCCCCACAGCCCUACACCACACAGCCCCACUCCCCACAGCCCUACACCACACAGCCCUACACCACACAGCCCUACACCACACAGCCCCGCACAGCACAGCCCUACACCCCACAGCCCUACACCACACAGCCCUACACCACACAACCCCGCUCCCCACAGCCCUACACCACACAGCCCCCUCUCCCCACAGCCCUACACCACACAGCCCUACACCACACAGCCCCGCUCCCCACAGCCCUACACCACACAGCCCUACACCACACAGCCCUACACCACACAGCCCCGCUCCCCACAGCCCUACCCACAGCCCUACACCACACAGCCCUACACCACAGCCCAGCCCCACAGCCCUACACCCACAGAGAGGAAAGGAGCAUCUCUAUUGGAGGAGAGGAUAGGAGCAUCUCUAUUGGAGGAGAGGAUAGGAGCAUCUCUAUUGGAGGAGAGGAUAGGAGCAUCUCCAUUGGAGGAGAGGAUAGGAGCAUCUCUAGUGGAGGAGAGGAUAGGAGCAUCUCUAUUAGAGGAGAGGAUAGGAGCAUCUCUAUUGGAGGAGAGGAUAGGAGCAUCUCUAUUGGAGGAGAGGAUAGGAACAUCUCUAUUGGAGGAGAGGAUAGGAGCAUCUCUAGUGGAGGAGAGGAUAGGAGCAUCUCUAUUGGAGGAGAGGAUAGGAGCAUCUCUAGUGGAGGAGAGGAUAGGAGCAUCUCUAUUGGAGGAGAGGAUAGGAGCAUCUCUAUUGGAGGAGAGGAUAGGAGCAUCUCUAUUGGAGGAGAGGAUAGGAGCAUCUCUAUUGGAGGAGAGGAUAGCAGCAUCUCUAGUGGAGGAGAGGAUAGGAACAUCUCUAUUGGAGGAGAGGAUAGGAGCAUCUCUAUUGGAGGAGAGGAUAGGAGCAUCUCUAGUGGAGGAGAGGAUUGGAGCAUCUUUUUUUUUGGGGGGGGGGUGUAACAGACCAGCAGCUGCGCUGCCGGAGCUUCCCGCCUGUCCGGCGCCGCUGCCGGAGCGUCGCGUCUGUCCGCGCCUGUCCGUCCCGCCUGUCCGGCGCCGCUGCCGGAGCUCCCGCCUGUCCCUGUCCGGGCGCCGCUCCCGCCUGUCCGGCGCCGCUGCCGGAGCGCCCCGCCUGUCCGGCGCCGCUGCCGGAGCUUCCCGCCUCUCACUGGUCACCAUAGCAGCACUCACCCGUAGCAGACCGUCCAGCAGGUAUAUCUCACUGGUCACCCCCAAAGCCAACUCCUCCUUUGGCCGCCUUUCCUUCCAGUUCUCUGCUGCCAAUGACUGGAACGAACUGCAAAAAUCACUGAAGCUGGAGACCUAA